CCUGUUGAAACUCGAAACAAAUCCUUGAAAAUGGUUCACCAAACUCGCACACCCAGCAAGGCCGUACCCGCCAAGCACCUGAGUCCCAUGAGGACUGUGGAGGGUCUGGGCGGAAAGUACGCCGUAUCCAGCAGUCCGGCGGAUAGUUUCCUGCGGAGUACAAGGCUCACGGUUCAGAGCAACUCCCGACAGUCGGCGGCCUUCAAAUACAACCAGAUGGUCACCAACAAUCGGGAGCAGUUCAAUAACCUGCACUUCUGCUAGGAAACGGUUGGGGGUUCGAUGCCCACCGCCACUGGAGAGACCGUACUGGAGGAGAAAAAUGUCACUAUGAUGGCGAUUAUUUGUCACAUUACAUAAAUGCAAUAAAUUCAUUUAUAAAAUUUCCACUAA